CGAUGAUGGACACGUUCGUGGCGCCGCUGUCGGAGCCGAUAUACCAGCCGGAGGCGAUGUAUUCCCUCGGGAUGGGGCCGCUCGAAGUGGGCGGGACGGACGACGGGAUGAACUUUGUGUUUGACAGCACGGGAACGAACAUGCAGGACGAUGUGCUCGCGACGAUGCAGGCGAUCCGGAAUCCUGCGUGGUGGAAUACGAUGAUGAUGCCCGGGUUCUCGUGGCCUGAGACGAACGGCUACAUGAGCUUCCCGCAAACCGCCCAGGUGCACCUCGGCUAGGCCUGCGGACGCUACUUCCUUCUCCUCUCCCAACACCAACAAACUCUCCCAAGUAUGUUAAGCACGCAAAUCCUAGUUUUCUCCCUCAGUCUCGAUCUCCCCUCUUCAACGUUUCGUAUGCAGUAUGAACGCGAAUGUACCACUAUUUCCUCUCGCCCAAUUUUCAAUCCUCUCUCUCUGCCUUAUCUAUCUAUCUCUCCGUGUCUUCUAUCUUCUCGAUCUCCCGCCUUUCGUUGAUACCGUACGCAGCCCGCGGAUCGAGUCGAAGCGGGUCGUGCGUAGGACUCUGCGUGGCGUGCCUCGGUCUUGGUUUUUCGUUCCGGUUCGUAUGCGAGGCUUGUGUCUGCGUCUGUGUUUGUGUCUGUGUCUGUGUCCUGUGUCUGCCGAUUCACUACUAGUCCUCAGUUGUGUUAGAUAGCAUAUUUAGAUUUGUAUGUCAGUCGC